AUGCAGGGCGGUGGGUACCGAGGCAGUGACCCGAAGCAGGGGUCGGGCGGGCAGGGCCAGGGGUACGGCGGCGGGCCGUCCGGGUACGGCGGGAUGCCGGUGUACCAGCAGCCGCCCGUGGACCAGGCGCAGGCGGCCGCGCAGCACCAGCUGCAGCAGUUCUGGCGCCGACAGACGCAGGAGAUCGAGGCGAUGGGCAACGACCCCAACGAGUUCAAGAACCACCAGCUCCCGCUCGCGCGCAUCAAGAAGAUCAUGAAGUCGGACGAGGACGUGCGGAUGAUCUCCGCAGAGGCGCCCGUGCUCUUCGCGCGCGCGUGCGAGAUGUUCAUCCUCGAGCUCACGUUCCGGUCGUGGGGCACGUCGGAGGAGUCCAAGCGCCGCACGCUGCAGCGCAGCGACAUCGCCGCGGCCAUCCUCCAGACGGACAUUUUCGACUUUUUGCAAGACAUUGUGCGGCAGGACGAACGGCAGGACCUCGCGCAGCGCCAGGUCGAAUACAACCCCGCAGCGUCGGGGAUGGGGGUCGGGAUGCCUGGCGGGAUGUAUCCGAUGGGGGCGCCGCAGAUGGGCGCGGGGCCGGGCAGGAUGGUGCCGGGGCAGGUGCCUCCCGCGGGGGACGUGCGGGGGCAGCCGGGGCCCGGGAUGCCGCCGGCGACGAUGCCGGCGCCCGGGAUGGCGCACAUGCAGCAGCCGUACGGCGUGGCGCCGGGCAUGAGCGCCCCGAUGCAGGCACCCGCACCGCAGCAGGCGCCGGACGCCGCGUUGCGACAGCCGCCGCCCGGGGGACAUCAGCCACCGCCGCAGCAAUGA